AGAUGCUGGACUGGAGAUUGGCAAGUGCACAUUUUAUGCUGGCUGUGAUGUUGAUGGUCUGGAGUUCAGGAAAAGUGCUCUCAGUGGAUGUCACAACAGAGACCUUUGAUUCUAGAGUCUUAGAUGUUCAGUCAUCACCCACAGUCAAGGAAGAGAAAUCAGCCACUGAUCUGGCAGCAAAACUCUUACUUCUUGAUGAACUUGUGUCUCUGGAGAAUGAUGUGAUUGAAACAAAGAAGAAAAGAAGCUUCUCUGGUUUUGGUUCUCCCCUGGACAGACUCUCAGCUGGCUCCGUAGAUCAUAAAGGUAGACAGAGGAAAGUAGUAGAUCAUCCAAAAAGGCGAUUUGGUAUCCCCAUGGAUCGGAUUGGUAGAAACCGGCUUUCAAAUUCCAGAGGCUAACUGAUUCCAAUCACACGACUUCCUUGGGUGAAAUGUCACAGAAAUAUGGAAGAUGCUUCAGUGAAGUUCUUCACACUCCUUAAUGAUUAAACUUCUAAGGAACCUUCUGUAAUCCUUUCCAGAGCUUUAACUUCAGUUCAUCAAAUCACAGUAUUGUAACUUCAAUUAAAUUGUGCAGAUAAUUUCAAUUUAUGGGUAUAUUUUAAAUAUAUAUUUUAGUUAUUCAUGAAUGGUUAGUUGGCCCCAAACCUUACUUUUCUAAGAAACACAAUAUAGUGAAAGGCUUUCUAUGUGCAGUUACCAUUUACAUAUAUUAUUGAAGAAUAAUAACUGAAGACUGAUUUCUUUCAGUAAAAUUUAGGUACAAUCAUUUGUUUAUAAUUGGGGAACAAGAAAAGACAAUGCUGUAUAGUUUCUCUUGAAGUUUUACUUCUCUCGUAUCCUUUGUCUGUGAGGCUCUUGGGUAAUGAUUAUGAAACUAGGCUUCUCUUGUAUUCAAAUGUCAAUCCAGUUCAACCAAAUAAAAUACAGUCCCAGUUCCAGAAACAAGAGAAAAAUAUCUCUGAGCAGAAAAAAGCAGCAGUAAUUAAGUCCAUAAACUUUAUUCCCCCAAUGAACUGAGAAACACUGCAGGUCAGAGCACAUUGACUUAGAACUAGGAAAUGAGGAAUAUUAUUCAUUUGCCAAGUUUGGCUAUCUCAUGUCCCUUAACAACUUUCCAUUUUUCUAAAUUACAACUUAUAGUUAAUUAAGAGUAGCGGUGGCUGAUUAUGAAAACAACUACACACAGAAGUAACAGAUGAAAGUAUGGGGAAGUCAAAGAAUCACCAAGUAGGAAAUCACCAAAGCACUUGGGGCCAGUUAAGUUCACCUAAUUGUAGCACAGUAUGUUUUAGCACAUUACAAUAAAGUCUUUUUGUUGUUAAUCACUCAUCUAAGAAUCCAUUUAAUUUGUUUCAUAUACUGUGUUUAAUAAAGCAUUGAAGAAUAUA